CUGUUACAGACCUAGCCACAUCAGUCUCACGUGACUAUGCGGGGAGGUAAGGCAGAAUCAUUGGGUUACAAGGAAUAAUGGAGAUACAGAAGGAACAGGGAUUCCAGCUGAUAACCCAAAGGAUCAGUCACGUGAUUCCCUACCAUUUAUCUACCAUGAAUGGUAUACGGAAUGGUAUAUGCUACCAUCUAUCUACCCUAGAUGGUAUACAGAAUGGUAGGAGAACGGAAGAUAUAUAAGGACACUCAUUCAUGUACUCAGUUUAGUUCUUCGCAAUCAAUCUAGUUAAUCAAGCAUUGGUUACCUUCUAGUUUCUGACUCGUCCGCACUUAACCAACAACCCAGCAUACGUGCUCGGUUGGCCUUGUUUCUCUAUUCGUUACCUUUACCGUUUCUACCUGUUGAUUAUCUUACGGAGCCUGGAGGGGGCGACAUACCUUCGACGUGAUAUACAGAGGACCUGGAUGGUCAUUGAGCACAUGAGUGCUUGAAAGACACUUAGGGUAAGUGUCCUGUCUCGAAAUACAACUAACUAGAACCCUAGGUACGAUACGAGGGAAGCCAGGUUGUGACACCGACACAUCGACACAGCCUU